AUGACAACCUUACGGGAACGCCAACUCAAUGCGUUGAAGCAGAUGCUCAACUUGAAUCAGCCAUUAACAAAGGCAGUGGCUAAUGAACCAACCUGGAAAGUACUGAUUUUUGACAGAGUGGGCCAAGAUAUUAUUUCACCGCUUAUAUCCAUUAAAGAACUCCGAGAAUUGGGUGUUACUUUGCAUGUCCAACUUCAUUCUGACCGAGACUCAAUACCUGAAGUGCCGGCAGUAUACUUUUGUGCUCCUACAGAAGAAAACCUUGGCAGAAUAUGCCAGGACCUAGAUAAUGGCAUAUAUGACCAGUAUCAUUUAAACUUUAUAUCACCAAUAACAAGGCAGAAAUUGGAAGAUCUGGCUGCUUCCGCGAUACAGUCUAACUCUGUUAUGAGUAUUCAUAAAGUAUUUGAUCAGUAUUUAAAUUUUAUAUGCCUGGAAGAUGAUCUGUUUAUAAUGAAGCAUCAGAAAUCUGAUUCAUUGUCAUACUAUGCUAUUAAUAAAGGAGAUACUAAAGAUACAGAAAUGGAAGCAAUCAUGGAUGAAAUUGUAGAAAGUCUUUUUUCAGUUUUCGUCACACUCGGUAAUGUUCCAAUAAUAAGAUGUACAAAAGGCAAUGCAGCGGAAAUGGUGGCUAAGAAAUUGGACAAAAAAUUAAGGGAAAAUCUCUGGGAUGCUAGAAAUAAUUUAUUCCAUGGGCAAGCUGGAACUUUUAGCUUCACGAGGCCAAUGUUGAUAUUGUUGGACAGAAAUAUUGAUAUGGCAACACCAUUACAUCACACAUGGACUUACCAGGCUCUGGCUCAUGAUGUCUUGGAUUUAUCAUUGAACAGAGCAGUCGUACCUGAGAACUCUGGGCCAGUAAUUCCAGGGCAGAAAGUUAAAACACGAACAUGCGACUUGGAUUCUAAAGACCCUUUGUGGUCUGAACACAAAGGAAGCCCGUUCCCCACAGUAGCAGAAGCUAUUCAAGAAGAUCUAGACAAAUAUAGGAGUUCAGAGGCGGAGGUCAAGAAAUUGAAGAGUUCUAUGGGUUUAGACGCAGACAGUGACCUCGCAUUAAGUAUGGUGAGUGACAACACUCAACGACUGACCAGCGCUGUGAAUUCAUUGCCACAGCUGAUGGAAAAGAAGAGACUGAUUGAUAUGCACACCACCAUCGCCACAGCAAUCCUAAACGCAAUAAAAUCAAGGAGGCUAGAUUCGUUCUUCGAAUUGGAAGAAAAGAUAAUGAGUAAGAGCAGCGGCGUUGAAAGUAAGGCUGUUAUGGAUCUGAUUACUGACACGAGCGCUGGCACAGAGGAAGAUAAGAUGCGUCUAUUUAUUAUUUAUUAUUUGUGUACAUCACAAGUACCAGAGGAAGAAUAUAAGAAGUUUGAAACUGCGCUACUCGCAGCUAAUUGCGACAUCAAGCCUAUGACAUACAUGAAGAGAUGGAAAGGUUUUACGAAAAUGUCAAGUCAAGGUCAAUACGAAGGCGGCGGAACAAAGACUGUGUCGAUGUUUUCAAAAUUAGUAUCACAAGGAUCGUCGUUCGUUAUGGAGGGGGUUAAGAAUUUGGUUGUUAAGAAACAUAAGCUGCCAGUCAGUCGUUCAGUAGAAUCAGCGCUAACCAGUUCCGAGGGUGAAUUAUCGUGGUUGGAUCCAAGAGCUGCUCGGAGUGACGCGACCAGACGCGCCAAGCACGCGCCGCCGACUGACGCUGUAGUGUUCGUAGUGGGUGGAGGCAGUUACAUAGAAUACCAUAACUUGAUAGACUUCGCAAAGCAACAAGCCGCAAGUGGAACGACAAGAAAAAUUAUCUACGGUGCCACGACAUUGCCAAACGCGUCUCAAUUCCUCAAACAACUGUCUUUACUAGGAGAGGAACUUCAAUGA